AUGUGUCCCCUCCCUCGCUCGCCCCGCGGGGCUCGGGGAGCGGCAGGUGGACGGUCCGGAGCUCCUGGGGCGGGGGACGGACCCGCAGCGCAUCCAGGCGCUCCCCCGAGAGAUCCCCGCGGCGCGCAGCGCUCGCAGCCGGGCACAAACCCCCCCGGAGCCGGCGAGGGGCGCAGCCCAGCCCGCCGCGGCAGCCGGGGGCCGACCCCGGGCCGUGUCGGUGCCGUCCCGCCCCGUCGGGGGCGGCGGGAGGGCGGCGCGGCGGGGGCCGCCCGCGGGCGCGUUACGCACGCAGUGAUCUCAGCGGCGCGGGCGCGGCGGCAGCGCCGGGCUGGGGGCGGCACGGCCGGACCCCAUAAAGGGCGGCGGCGAGCCCUGCUCCCGCACUCACCCCGCACGGCGGAGGCGGACGGGCCCGCGGCGCUCCGCUCCGCAAAGGACGGGAGGCUCCUCGGCGCCCUGGAAGUGCAGGCGGGACCGUCCCCGGGCUGCCGGAGACUCGCCGGAGCGUCCUCCCCGCCCGCCGCCGCUGCUCGCUGCUGCUGCUGCAGCCGGGGAAGGCUGAGGAAAAGGCGGGCAGGAGAAGCGGCAGCCGGAGCAGGACAGAAGACAGAGGGACGGAGCGAGGGGCAGCGCUGCCCUCGUACAGCCGCGCUCCCCGGCAUCGCCGCCGCGCCCCGGCCAUGGGGAAGCCGACGCCGCCUCUGCAGUGACCGCGGGACGCGGCUCCCGCGCGGUCCUCCGCCGGCAGAAAGACUCAGACACCCCCCAAAACCUGAAAAGCAAAACCCCACAUCUUCCAUAUCCAUUCCUAUAUAA